AGUUCAAGCUAGCAGUAGCAGAGUCAGUCAGCGGCCGUGACGACUCACGGCAGCAACCAUGAAGUUCGUUCGCUUUAUUAUGAAAAAUGCCGCCCUGGCCAGCGUGCCCAAACAUAUCGAACAUUUUUCCAAAUUCUCUCCUUCGCCGCUUUCCAUGAAGCAAUUCCUUGACUUUGGAUCCAUAAACGCCUGCGAGAAGACGUCUUUCGCCUUCCUGAGGCAGGAGCUCCCGGUGCGACUAUCCAACAUUAUGAAGGAGAUUAACCUGCUGCCCGACAAGCUGCUCACCACGCCGUCCGUGCAGACGGUGCAAGGAUGGUACAUCCAAAGUUUGAUGGAGAUCCUGGAAUUCCUGCACAAGAAUCCAGACGACCACAAAGUCCUGGGCGAGUUCGUGGAUGCCUUGGUGACCAUCAGGAACCGGCACAACGACGUGGUGCCUACCAUGGCGCAGGGCAUCAUCCAAUACAAGGAGGCCUUCCCGCAGGACGCCGUGACCAACCAGAACAUCCAGUACUUCCUGGAUCGCUUCUACAUGAGCCGCAUCUCCAUCCGCAUGCUCAUCAACCAGCACACUCUUAUCUUUGACGGCACCACCAACCCGGUUCACCCCAACACCAUCGGCAGCAUCGACCCGCACUGCCAGGUGGGCGACGUGGUGGAAGACGCCUUCCACAGCGCCAAGAUGUUGUGUGAGCAGUACUACCUGCGCUCGCCUGACCUCCUCCUCCGAGAGAUGAGCAGCAAGCCGAGGCAGCAGCAGCAGCCCAUCAGCAUCGUCUACGUGCCCUCGCACCUCUACCACAUGCUCUUUGAGCUCUUCAAGAACGCCAUGAGGGCCACCAUAGAGACGCACCACGACAAAGACCUGCCACCCGUCCAGGUUCUGGUGUCUCUGGGAGGAGAGGACAUGUCAAUCAAGGUGAGUGACAAGGGAGGCGGGGUUCCCUUUCGCAAGAUCGAGAACCUCUUCAGCUACAUGUACUCCACCGCCCCGGCGCCGCAGAUAGGAGAACACGCUCGGCCUCCGCUGGCCGGCUUCGGUUACGGGCUGCCCAUCUCGCGUCUCUAUGCCAAGUACUUCCAGGGCGACCUGCAGCUGUACUCCAUGGAGGGCCACGGCACCGACGCCGUCAUCUACUUGAAGGCGCUGUCGACAGACUCGGUGGAGAGGCUGCCGGUGUACAACAAGACGGCCCUGAGGAACUACAAAGUGAGCCAGGAAGCAGACGACUGGUGCAUCCCCAGCAGAGAACCUCUGGACCUGAGCAACUACAAGGUGGCCAAAUGAAGCCGCUUCCAGUGCGUGUAGAACCCCCGCCACCCCCACCCCUCUCAAA